AUGGUUGAAUUGAUUCAGUGGAUUAACCAGGAGGGCUUUUUUGGUUUAGAAAGUGCAAAAAGACAACAUGGUAAAAUAGCUCCUGCUGAGUGGUGGAAAUUGUAUGGCAAAGGAACCCCCAUUUUGCAGCAGUUAGCUAUCAGGAUUCAUUCAAAGAAAAGGAAUCGGCUAGAACACAAAAAACUGCAUGAUUUUGUGUAUGUUAAGUACAACAACAUGCUUAAGAAUCGACGUGAUUCGAAUGCAGCCUAUGAUCUGAUAUCCUUGGAAGAAAUUGAUGAUAGUAAUGAAUGGUUAACCGGGCAGAUGGCUGACGAACGGUUUUUUGAUGAUGAUGGAAACCUGACUUGGAAUGUUGUAGCAGAGGCAAGUGGUGCUGGAGAGGUUAGGCGAACAAGAUCUUCGCAGCCUUCAUCUUCAAAACCAGCAUCUUCAAAGCGUACUUUAACUGAUGAAGAUAGUGAAGAAGACCAAUUGGAGGAGGAUGAACCGUAUGUAAUUGAAGUUGAUGACACAUCUGAUGGUUUUGGUUAUUGA